AUGGAUGAGAACUUUCAAGAAGAACAGUUUAGAGGAAUGAUUAAAUUUACACCUUCUCUGUCCAAACAACGCUACCAGUUUGUUAAAGAUUUAGUGGAGAAAUACAAACCUAAGAAGGUAGCAGAUUUAGGAUGUGCUGACUGCAGACUUCUCUGGAUCCUGAAAUUCUGCAGCUGCAUUGAAGUGUUAGUUGGGCUAGAUAUCUCUGAAAGCAUAAUGAAAGAGAAAAUGCAUAGGUUGUCUCCUCUUCCUGGUGAUUAUUUGCAACCAACUGAAAGAUCACUAACUAUUACCUUGUAUCAUGGUUCAGUUGCCCAUGAAGAUCCAUGCAUGCUUGGUUUUGACAUGGUAACAUGCAUUGAACUAAUAGAGCACCUGGAGGAGCUGGAACUGAAGAAGUUCCCUGAAGUGGUGUUUGGUUUCAUGGCUCCAAGCAUAGUUGUGAUUAGUACUCCAAAUAUUGAAUUUAACAUGUUGUUUCCAGGAGUGACAUUAUUCAGGCAUCCAGACCACAAAUUUGAGUGGAACAGAGCACAAUUUCAAAGCUGGGCUCUAGAGACUGCUAGAUGCUAUGAUUACUUGGUGGAAUUUACUGGUGUAGGGCAUGCACCGAGAGGCAUGGAGAAUGUUGGCUUUUGUACCCAAAUAGGUGUAUUUUUCAGAAAAUGCCCUCAAACCAGUGGGUUUGUUCAGUCUGUGAACUCCAAGGAAACAGUUUACAAAACGGUCUUCAAAGCAGUGUAUCCAAGUCUUAAAGAUGAGAAGUACCUGCAGAAUACCCUGGUUGGUGAAGUUAUUUCCACAGCACAAAUCAUUAAGCAAAGUCUGCUGGACCAUUUAAUGUCAGAAUAUGAAGAGUGUAAUGAAAAUACUACUGAGAGAAAAGCCCAACUCCAAUCUUGCUUUUCAAAAGAUAUUAGCAAACUAGCUGUUGAAAAAAGCAUGGAAUCAUUUGUCAAUGGAAAUGUGGUGUAUGUACCUCUUAAAACAAUAUUUUCUUUUCCCAAAGUGAAUCAACUUUGUGGUACUCUUGAGAGGUUACACAAGCUCAUUGCUGGCAGGGUCACACUGAGCAGUGAUGGUGAUGCUCUGAUGUUAAGUACUGAGCAGGAAAAUGACGAGAACUAG